UAGAAAGUUUACAUACUAAAGUUAUAUGGAAAAUGAAACAAGUUGGAAUUUCGUUUCCACUGGCAUUAAUUGCAUUCCAAGUAUUACUUCUUGCUUUGUUUGCUGGAUUUGUUGAUUACGACUAUACGAAAUCUGGGCAUAACAAUAAGUUUUAUGCGCAAUUUCAAGACAUUCAUGUUAUGAUUUUCAUUGGUUUUGGUUUUUUGAUGACUUUUUUGAAAAAGUAUGGCUAUGGAGCUCUUUCAUACAACUUACUCUUAGCCGCAGCCACAAUUCAAUGGGCAACACUUAUAAAUGCAUGGAUAAAACAACGAAUGCAAAAAAAUAGCAAUCAUUUUGAAGGCAAUCCAACUAAAAUUAAAGUUGGAGUGACAGACAUGAUAACGGCUGAUUUUACGGCGACAGCUGUUCUCAUUUCUUAUGGUGCAGUUAUCGGCAAGGCUAGUCGUGUCCAGCUUUUUGUGAUGACUAUUGUAGAAUGUGUGAUCUUUGCUAUCAACGAAAACAUAAUUAUGGAAUAUCUAAAAAUUUCAGACGUUGGAGGGACAAUUGUACUGCAUGUGUUCGGUGCUUACUUUGGACUGGCAGUUUCAUUUAUCUUAAAAAACCAUUCAGAUUUAAAACAUAAAGAAGGAUCCGAAUACCAUUCUGAUAUCUUCUCUAUGAUUGGCACAUUGUUUUUAUGGGUAUUUUGGCCAAGUUUUAAUGCCGGUUUACUUGGAGACAAAUCAAUUCAACAAAGUCGAGCUUUGGUAAACACAUACUUUUCCCUGGCAGCUUGUGUUUUAACUUCAUUCGCGUGUUCUUCCUUUGUCAACAAGAAAUUUAAGUUAAACAUGGUUCAUAUUCAAAAUGCAACACUUGCUGGAGGAGUUGCAGUCGGAACAUGUGCAGAUCUGAUGAUAAAACCCUGGGGAGCAAUAAUGAUCGGGAUGUUUGCUGGUUGUAUAAGCGUACUUGGAUACAAUUACCUUACGCCAAUAUUAAAUAAACAUAAAAUACACGACACUUGCGGUGUUCAUAAUUUACACGGAAUGCCCGGUGUAUUUGGUGCAUUAUGUGGAGCAGUAGCGGCGGCAGCUAUUAAACCAAAAAGUUAUUAUGAUAAAGAUGACUUUUUAAACAUUUACACGCUUGGUGAAGAGAGAACUCUCGUUAAACAAGGUUGCUUUCAGCUUGCAGCAUUACUUGUUUCUCUUACUCUGGCUAUUGUUGGAGGACUAAUGACAGGACUUCUAGUAAAUUUCUUCCAAAGCAUUGUUGAUGACGAUCAUUUUGACGACAAAGGAGAUUUUGAGAUUCCUGCAGAUCACGAAUAUUGCGAGGAAUCAAACAAAGAUCAGUUAAUGAAUAACAUGAACGAAUGAAGAACUUCAAAAAUUUAUUUUUAAAUAACUUAGCAUUAAUAGUUUUUUUAAAGAUAAAACUCUUUUUUUUAAUUUAAUUUAUAAGGAAAACAAAUAGUGGUAUGAGAAAAUGCGUAAAUUUAACAAUGAAAUCCUUAAA